AUGCCUUUGCAGCCGGCGCAGGCUGCUUCGGGCACUGAGGGAACACAGCACUCUUCCUCCUCCUCCUCCUCCUCCUCCUCCUCUUCCACCAUUCUGCAGGCUCUCCACUGCCCGCCCUGCGAGCGCAUCCACUGCCCAGCCAGGCACACGUUGCAGCUCUCCUGCAGCGGGGGCAUCACCACGGGCGUGUGCGGCUGCUGCCCGGCCUGUGCCAAGGUGGAAGGAGAGAGCUGCGGCGGCCGCUGGGACUAUCUGGGCAAGUGUGACGACGGCCUGGUGUGUGUGCACGAGAGCCCUGCUGCUGCCGGUGCUGGAGCUGGAUCUGGGGCCGACGCAGAGAACAAGGGGAUCUGCAAGAAAGCUCUGAGUGUGGACUCUUGUCGCCCUGAAUGCACCUGGGACUACUGCCAGGCUAACCCGCAGGAAAUCUGUUCUGCCAGGUGGGUGUCCUUGGGGCGUCAGGAGUGCCAGGGCUCCUGCCAGCACACGUCCUGCUCCAGUUGCCUGGUGCUGCGCCCCCCACACUGCCCUCAGUCCUGCGGCCCCGCCGACUCCUCCUGCCUGCUGCACUACGGACGCUGUGUACAGAGACACCUGACCCACAGCAACUCGCACCAGAACCCCGCCUGUCACCAGAACCUACAGAGCAAUGCAGAGGGUUAUUUCUUGUGCAUGGUGCCUCCUUGCCUGAACGCAGUCGGAUAAAGCGCCCGUCUUUCUCCUGCUGGAGACCGCAACAGAUCCCAGAGUGAUGUAGCAACAUGACUGAGCCCGGCAGCUAGUAUAAAUUGAGAGUUUGGUUCUGGUCAUUUCUUUCUUUCUAAGUCUGUGUAUGUGAGCAGAAUCUAUGCCUUGCACUA